AUGCUGCUGCCGUCGUGGUCCUUGUCGAUAUUGCUCCCUCUCCUUCCCUUUGCUCAUUCCUCCUUCUACGACAAUCCGGAACUCGAGAUCCCGCCUGAAUCCGGUAGUCCACUGGAUGAAUUGAAAGCGAAAUGGGACUUUGAUUGGGGAUUCUCAGGAAUAUCGACAUUCGCCCAUCUCAGGCAUGUAAAAUGCCUGACCACCCCGUACGAGCCGUUCGAUAUCGGCAUCAUUGGCGCCCCGUAUGACACAGCAGAGCAGGAAGAGGACAAAAAGAACAUGUCUGUCUGGUUCGCAAAAGAAGCGCAUCGUUUCUCAUUCUUUUUCUCUCUGUCAGGCGCCCGCUUCGGCCCUCGUGCCAUCCGUGCCGCCUCUGCUCGCCAGACGUCCUUCCGAGGCUUCAACCACCGCGCACACAUCAAUCCGUAUACGUCGUGGCCUCUGGUCCUCGACUGUGGAGACAUCCCCAUCACGCCUUUUGACAACGCAUUGGCCCUGCACCAGAUGACCUCGGCGUACCUCGAGCUGCUUUCUCGCCGACCGCUGAGCUACAAGAACCCGGAAAGCCACGUGCACCCGAAGCUGAUCACCCUGGGCGGAGACCACUCGAUCGCCCUCCCGGCCCUGCGCGCGCUGGAGAAGAUCUACAAGCAGCCCAUCGCGGUGUUGCAUUUCGACGCGCACCUCGACACCUGGCACCCCGGUGCGUACCCGAGCGCGUGGGCCGAGACGCCCACGCAGGCGGACUUCACGCACGGGACCAUGUUCUGGAUCGCGUCGCAGGAAGGGCUCAUCAACAACGGGUCGUCGGUGCACGCGGGCCUGCGGACGCGGCUCCUGGGCGACGACUUCCACGACUACGCCGACGACGAGCGCCAGGGGUUCCUGCGCAUCGAGUCCGACGACAUCGACGCCGUCGGCGUCAAGGGCAUCAUCGACCUGAUCAUGGAGCGGAUGGGCACGGAUAUGCCCGUCUACCUCUCCGUGGACAUCGACGUGAUCGACCCCGGUCUGGCCCCUGGCACCGGCACGCCCGAGCCCGGCGGCUGGACCACGCGCGAACUCAUCCAGAUCCUCCGCGGCGUUGAGGGCCUGAAUCUCGUCGGCGCCGACGUCGUCGAGGUGAGCCCUGCGUACGAGGCGGGCCACGGCGAAGCCACCGCGCUGGCCGGCGCGCAGGUCGCGUACGAGAUCCUCACGAGCAUGGUCAAGCGCGGACUCAAGGACCGCGGCGAGGACGUGGUGAUUGAGAAACCCGGCAGGAAGAUCGCCGCCAAGCAAGGCUUUGCGGCCAAGGCCCAAGAGGUUCUGAGAGAUGAGUUGUGA